GUUACAAAUCGAAAUCUGUUGACGCAACCAAGGAAAUCAUACUGAAGAACCCUCAUGUCGAAAGUUGAGAGUGAAGACGGUCGCUUUUGAAUGGAAUGGGAUGCUAGGGGCUCGGAAAGGAUUCAAAGCGCGGCGACACGCAUCGGUGUCCUAAAGGAUACGGGCAAGCUCACCGUCUCCGGGAUGUGGUGGCAAAACUACCCAUCGACUCUCAACUGGGGACUGCUCUUUACCACGCUUCUGAUAAGGUGGUGGGACGGCACAUGUGCGAUCUGGCGGCAUUUCUGGAACAGCGCGCCUCAGUCCUGCAUUGGGCGAAGGAACCGCUCGAGCGUGGUCAAGCGCUACACAUGGGGCUCUAAAGAACGGAAACUGAUCGACGAAACAAGCGACCACCUCCCACUCCUGAACGUGUUGGUCCAGUAUAGGAAAGUCCCCGUCGCACACCGAGAGAAGUGGUACAUCGACCGGUGGCACCGAUCGGGGUACAUCGACAUGCCAUCACUGAAACUAGAAGAUGUCGAACAGGACUGGACCUAGGUCAGGCAGGGCACAGUGACCCUCCAACGGGACGACGAGCCCGACGACCAAGUCGCCAAAGAAGCAAACGCUGGGGCAAUAAGUUUGACAGCAAGCCCCUGUCCACGCUCAUUCCGCGCACACUAGAACGCUUAUCAUACCACCAGAAGGCUCUCCGGGCGCCUGCGCCCGCGCCUUUUGUCGUCUGAGGU